AUGACCGAGGUGAAGGCCAAGGAGCCCACAGCGCCUCCGCCUGCCAGAGACGGGGCGGUCCUGCUGCAAGGACAGCCCGGCCGAGACCCCUUCCGCAGGGAAGCGGAACCCAUUGACAUCUCCCUGGACGGGCUGCUCUACCCCAAGAGCAGCGACGAGGAGGAGGACGAGGAGGAGGAGGAGGAGGAAGGGGAGGAGGAGGAAGAGCCGCGGCAGCAGCAUCUGGGACAGGAGGAGGGCCGGGACUCCUUCUCCUACCGGCCGGGGAGCGGCUCCCUCUCGGACAAGGACUCUCUGGACACCGUCCUGGACACCUUUCUGGCUCCCACGGCUCAUGCCAGCUCCGCCGUGGCCGCGGCGCCCUGGUCGUUCUUCGAGGUGGAGGCAGCGGAGGCGCCCGACGGCCCGAUGAGCCGCGGCCCCUCGCAGAAGGCGAGCGAAGCGGCCCCAGAGGCGCCCGGUCCGUCGCAGCCCCCUCCGCGGCCCGCCCCGCUCUGGCCUCCCGGCGAUGCCCUGACUGCCGCCAAGCUGCCGUCGGGGGGCGGCGCGGAGGGUCCCGCCGCGGCCCCCAAGGACGAUGCCCCGGGGCUUGUGGCGUUGCCUGGCGGGUCCCGGGAAGGGGACCCGGGGCAGGAAUACCUGCACGUGCCGCUUCUGCCCCUCAAUUCGGCCUUCCUGGCCUCCCGCACGCGGCAGCUGCUGGACGGGGCGGAGUACGAGGGCGGCGGGGUGCCGCGAUGCUCGCCCCCCGCCCCGGACCUGCCGGGGUACGGCUUCCCCACGGGGGAUGCCAAGGAAGGAUCCUUCGCCUACGGCGACUUCCAGCCCGUCCUGAAGAUCAAAGAGGAGGGUCUCGGCCUCGCCACCCGGUACCCGGGCGGCAGGGCCACCCCCGCGGCAGGCUGCUCCGACUACCCCUCGGCUCCGCGGGCCGGGCAGGAGUCCUCACUGGAGUGCGUCCUGUACAAGGCGGAGCCCACCCUCCUGGCCAGCGCUUAUGGGCCACCGGCUGCGCCCGACAGCCUCCCUUCCACCUCAGCCGCGCCGCCGGGGCUCUACCCGGCCCUGGGGCUCAACGGGCACAGCCGCCUGGGCUUCCCGCCGCCGUGCUGAAGGAAGGGCUUGCCCCAGCUGUGCCCGCCCUACCUCGGUUACGCGCGGCCAGAUACAGAAGCCAGCCAAAGUUCUCAGUACAGUUUUGAAUCACUACCCCAGAAGAUUUGUCUCAUCUGCGGUGAUGAGGCUUCUGGUUGCCACUAUGGAGUACUUACCUGUGGAAGCUGUAAAGUCUUCUUUAAAAGGGCAAUGGAAGGGCAGCACAACUAUUUGUGUGCUGGCAGAAAUGACUGCAUAGUCGAUAAAAUCCGUAGGAAGAACUGUCCAGCAUGUCGCUUGAGGAAGUGCUGUCAAGCUGGUAUGGUCCUGGGAGGUCGAAAAUUGAAAAAGUUUAACAAAAUUAAGGUUGUGAGAACGUUAGAUGUUGCACUCCAGCAGCCAGCAACCCUUCAAGAUGAAAGCCAGUCUUUAACCCAAAGGCUGUCCUUUUCUCCAAAUCAAGAAAUACAGUUUGUUCCCCCAAUGAUAAGUGUUUUACGAGGCAUUGAGCCAGAAGUUGUCUAUGCUGGUUAUGACAAUACAAAACCUGAAACACCAAGUUCGUUGCUGACCAGUCUAAAUCAUCUUUGUGAGAGGCAACUUCUUUGUGUAGUCAAGUGGUCUAAAUUGCUACCAGGAUUUCGGAAUUUACAUAUUGAUGAUCAGAUAACCCUCAUCCAGUAUUCCUGGAUGAGUCUAAUGGUUUUUGCAAUGGGAUGGAGAUCAUACAAACAUGUCAGUGGUCAGAUGUUAUAUUUUGCACCAGAUCUGAUUCUAAAUGAACAGAGGAUGAAAGAAUCAUCGUUCUAUUCCCUGUGUCUAUCGAUGUGGCAACUCCCACAGGAAUUUGUCAGACUUCAAGUUAGCCAAGAAGAGUUCCUAUGUAUGAAAGCACUGUUACUUCUCAACACAAUUCCUUUGGAAGGUCUAAGGAGUCAAAGCCAAUUUGAUGAGAUGAGAACGAGUUACAUUAGAGAACUGGUGAAGGCAAUUGGUUUGCGCCAGAAAGGUGUUGUGGCCAACUCACAACGUUUCUAUCAACUUACAAAACUGAUGGAUUCUAUGCAUGAUCUAGUGAAACAGCUCCAUCUCUUCUGUUUGAACACAUUUCUCCAGUCCCGUGCACUGAGUGUUGAAUUCCCCGAGAUGAUGUCAGAGGUGAUUGCUGCCCAGCUACCCAAGAUUCUAGCCGGGAUGGUGAAACCUCUUCUUUUUCACAAGAAGUGAAAUGUCUUCUCUUAUCAUAGAGGUGAUUUCUGGGUCAUUUUUUGUUUGUUUAUUUUGGUCAAGAUU